GCAGAGGAGGUGAAGGAGGAAGAAAUGAGUGAAGGUGAAGAGCGAGAGGCUGAGAACCACAUCCUCAUUGUUCCAGAGUCACGAUUUGACCCAGAAUCCGGGGACAGAAAAGAAGGGGAGAAAAGGGUGAAGGAGGGCACCCCCCACAGCACCGCCCUGGUGGAAGGUGAAUUCGCUCCAGACUCCCCAGCCCUGUCACCCUUUGAGCCCAAGCAGAAGCUGCCCAAGUACCUGCCUGCCCUGCAGGGCUGCCGCAGUGUGGAGGAGUUCCAGUGCCUGAACAGGAUUGAGGAGGGAGCCUAUGGGGUGGUGCACAGAGCCAAGGACAAGAAGACAGAUGAGAUUGUGGCUCUGAAGCGGCUGAAAAUGUUGACGGAGAAGGAGGGCUUUCCAAUCACAUCGCUGAGGGAGAUCAACACCAUUCUCAAGAUGCAGCACCCCAACAUCCUGACGGUCAAGGAGAUUGUCGUGGGCAGCAACAUGGACAAGAUUUACAUUGUGAUGAACUACGUGGAGCAUGACCUCAAGAGCCUGAUGGAGACCAUGAAGCAGCCUUUCCUGCCAGGGGAGGUGAAGACACUGAUGAUCCAGCUGCUGUGUGGUGUGAAGCACCUGCACGACAACUGGAUCCUGCACCGGGACCUCAAGACCUCCAACCUGCUGCUGAGCCACGCCGGCAUCCUCAAGGUGGCGGACUUUGGGAUGGCGCGGGAGUAUGGGUCCCCUCUGAAGGCCUACACCCCCGUUGUCGUGACCUUGUGGUACCGCGCCCCAGAGCUGCUGCUGGGGGCCAAGAAGUACUCCACAGCCGUGGACAUGUGGUCUGUGGGCUGCAUCUUCGGGGAGCUGCUGACGCAGAAGCCACUGUUCCCUGGAAAUUCGGAGAUUGAUCAGAUCAACAAAGUGUUUAAGGACCUGGGGACGCCCAGUGAGAUCUGGCCCGGCUACAACGAGCUGCCUGCCAUGAAGAAGAUGACCUUCACUAAGCACCCCUACAACAACCUGCGCAAGCGCUUCGGGGCGCUGCUCUCCGACCAGGGCUUCGACAUCAUGAACAAGUUCCUAACCUACUUUCCUGGGCGGAGGAUCAGCUCAGAGGACGGUCUCAAGCACGCAUAUUUCCGAGAGACCCCUCUCCCCAUCGACCCCUUGAUGUUCCCCACAUGGCCCUCCAAGAGCCAACAGCAAAGGUUGAAGCGUGGCACCAGCCCGAGACCGCCCAGGGGAGGCCUCGGCUACAGACAGCUGGGUGACGAUGACCUGGAGACCAGCUUCCACCUCUCCACCACCAACCAGGGGGCCUCGGCUUCAGGCCCUGGCUUCACCCUCAAGUUCUGAGGUUCAGAGUGGACCCAGAAACAGCGGGAUCAGGGGCAGAGCAGAGGCAGCCUGUGAGUCAGACCCGGUCCUGCCCUGAUGACAGGCUGUGGUAACAUGGCCUAGAGUCCAAUUGCUGGCCUUGUUCUCCACAUUUCAUUUCUAUUUUGUCUUGGCUUGUAAAUUUGUAGAAUUAAAUCUUAUUUUCUUGUGGAAAA